UCGGUUUAAAAUAAAAAUUUAACUUGAAAAAAAAAGAAUAAAAAAUGAGUUUUUCGCGCGCAAUUCUUAUUUUUAUGUUUUUCGGAUAUUUCACUUUUCUACCUUGUUAUUGUGCACCCCUAGAAGAUAAUUCAACAGCUAAAAAUAAUUCUGAUACCGAAAUUUCAACACCAAUUGAAUUUAAUAUUAUUCCAAAACCCGGUGCUAACGGUGAAUUAUUAGUUCCUGUUAAAGUUUUAUAUGAUGAAAAAAAUGAUCAAGAGAAUAUUAGAACUACUGCAGCAAAAAUUGAAACAAGUUACAUUAAUUCAAGUGAAUUUAGAAAAAAAACUGGUAUUGCUUUAGAAAAUAUUGAUAUUGAUAUUGCGACUGAUAAAAACAAUAUUAAUGAAAUUACAAGCAUUGAACCAGAAGAUGAAGAAAAAUCAACUAAAACUCAAACUGGAUAUAUAGAUACAAAUUUAUUUAGAAGAAAAGUUGAUAAUAAUUUAGAAAAUAGUUCUGGUAACAUUGAUAAUAUUAUAACAACAACCAAUAUUCCUGAAAUUGAAAAUGAAACUGAAAUUUUGAUUUCAACUAGAUUUCCACCUAGAUUAGUAGAAGUAACCACAGACACCAAGCCAACUGUUGAUGAUGAAAGUAUUGUCAAAACUACUGAAAAUAUUCCAAUGGAAUCAAUCAAGAAUAGUGAAGAUUCAUUAGUAAUAACACAAUCGAAUGAAGAGCAAAUUAAUACUGAAAACAUGUUACCAGAAAAUGUUAUUAUUAGUACGCAACCGAUUCUACUAACCACUUUAAAUUUAGAAACUACUGAGAAAACUUUAAAUAUGGAAAAUAAUAUUAAAUCGACUACAGAAAAUACACUUGAAAUCAAUCAAGACUCCAGGAAUACUUUAAUUGAAAAUUCCAAUAUUAAUAUAACUAUUCAUUUAGUUCCGGAACAUACCAGGGAUCACAAUAAAAUUGAAACAAAAGAAAUGGUAAGAAACGUAAAUACAGAAAAUUCUCUAAACUUCAAUUUGAAUAUUGUCACACCAAAUAUAAUUGAUAACUUUUCGGUGACGUCAACAGAAAACCCAACUGCGAUUAAUUCAAUAACAGCUACAACAGUUUUGAAUAAAGAACAAAUAUUUACAGAAUCAGUGGAUACUGCUUCGGUAAAAAAUAUGGAAGACAUUACAAUUGUAAAUACACCAUUUACACCUAUUGAUCAAACGCAAUUACCCAACACUGAAAAAACAACAGGAAAAGAGUAUAUUGUCAGUACAAUACUCCCAUCUUUAGAUACUGAUUCAACAGUAUUAAGUAAUACAGAAGAUAUGAAGAAUAUUCUGACUAUCGAAAAUACUAGUACUACAAAUCAAGGAAUGUCUCCUACAGAACAAAUACAUGUAGAGAGGAUAACCGAUUCCAGUACCCGUACGGAAAAUAUUCUACCUAAGGACCAAACAACUUCAUCUUCAAGUUCAACGGAUUCAAAUGAUAUGGAAGGAAAUACAAAGUUGAAUUUAAAUGAAGAAGAUGUUAAAACCACAGAUAAAGGUACUUCAACUAUUUAUUCAACAAUAUCAGGCUACAUAGAGGGAACUACUAAUGUUAAAUUGACCGACGGAGAUAUUAGUACAAAUACUCAAUUAUUAUCAACUACUGAAUCUCUCAAUUCUAUUACUACAGAGAAAGUAACAUAUUUAAGCCCAGUCGUUCCAGAUACAACGACAUCAAUUAAUAAAAUUCAAUUAAUUACUGAAAAUCCCGUUUCAAUUGAUGUUAUAAAUUCUAUUACUAAAGAAAAUGAACUUUACAGCAAUACUAUACCCGAAAAUAAUGAUAAUCAGCAACAACACUACUCACAAAAAACUCAUUUUAUUAACAAGCCUGCGGCACUUAAUGUAAUUCCAUUAAAUCCAGUAAAACAAAGUACAGCUAUAAUUAAUACUAGUAAAACUAGUUCUGUAUCAACAUUUGUGGGUGGUGGUGGCGGUACCGGUUCAAAAUCAAAUAUAACAAAUGAAAACAUUUUGGAAAAUAAAAAAGAUCAUAUUUUAGAUAUACCAAAUAUUAUAUUUUAUCCAGAAUUAAGCAUACUAAAUAAAUCGGAUGAUUCAAAUCAAAAUAAUACAAAAAAAUUUAUGACACCUGUUAAAUUUUUAGCACCUAUAAGAAGAACGUUAGAUUUUGGACAUUCAGUUAUUGUCAAAGGCAUAACUGGUGGAGAAAAUUCUUAUGGACCAAGCAUCAAUUUAAUGAAUGGAGAUUGCCAUUGGAAUCAACGUCAUGAUUGUGAUUUAAUAUUAAAUAUAUAUGUUAAUUUAUCGAAUCCAAUCGAUCAAGUACAAAGAUCAUUUUAUAAUGCCGGUCAACGAAAAUAUCAUGAAAUUGAAACAUAUGGUGGUGCACCAUUUGAACCAUAUACUGAUUUUGAAAUUGAAAUUAUACCAAGAACUGAUUUAUUUGAAAUCAAAGUUAAUAAAAAAUAUUUUUGCAGUUUUACAUAUAAAAUGCCAUUAGCAUUAGUUAAUCAUGUUCUAAUAUCAACUGGAGGUGAAAUUUAUUUCGUUAGAAUAGAAUAUUUAAAGAAAAGUUUAGAUGGUAUUGAAAGACCAGUUGGUGGUGAAGUUCUAAUUAAUAGUUUAGAAGAAAAUUGAAAAAAAAAUUUUUAAUGAUUAUACGUAAAUAAUGUAAAUGUGUGUAUUUUAUUAUAAUAUACCUACUAUGUAUGUAUUGUAAAUAUAUGAGAACAGUUAAAAUUUAAUAUUUUUAAUUAUUUUUUUUUAUUUCUGUUUUUCUUCAUGCUUUUUGAUAAUUUAUGAUAAUAUUUAUUUUUAUAUUUUUAAUGUACAUAUAUACGAGUAGUUGUUAUAAUUUAGUACAUGUGUAUGACACACUUACAUAAUAUACAUAAAAAUUAAAAUUAGAAAUGUCUUUGAAAUGCAAUAAUAUUAAAAAAUAAUUAUUGAAUUUAAGUUGGCAAAUGAAAAAUAGUAGUCAUAUAUGUGUAUGCAAAUAUUAUGUAUAUAUAAAAUGUAUGUGUAUGCAAUUGUUAAUGUUAAAACUAGUCAGUCAGCAGUUAAAUUGCUUAUUUUUUUUUUUUUUUGUAAUUUUCUCUUUAUAUUAUAAAAAUGAUAAAUGCCUACAAUAUUUUGCAAGUAAAGGCAACUUUUAUUUAAUAAUUUUGUAAUCACAAGGUCUUUAAUAAUAUACACGAACUAUUCAGAAUGUAUU